AUGAGUUUUCCGAACGGCAAGUCACGUACUGGUCGUUAUAACCAGCACAACUGUCACCAUACGACAACAGAGGCCAUCAUGUCAGCAUACGACUGCACUGCUGGAGCAUCUACCGACGCACAACGUGGCUGCCUUGAUAAUGUUGUUAUUGUGGAGCCAGAGCCGCCCUGCAUUGAGGAAGAGAAUGAUAGCAAUGAUUGUCGUUACAGCGUCAAUCAAGCGACAAUCGCAAAGCUUAAGAAAAGCGUGAGGUGGUCAACUAUCACCGUUCAUGAGUUUGGCGUCGGGUUGGGCGGUAGCGCCGUCUCCAACAAAGGCGGCCCGUCUAUUGGUCUUGCAGAUACACCCGAGUUCACAUGGACGACGAAAGUGGGCGAGAUGGCCGAAUGUGUUGAGGGCGUGCAUCGCUUUUCGCCCAACCAGCGCAUCCGCCUGCUUCAGGCCGCUGGCAUCCCGGAUGGCAUCAUCACUCGUCACGCACGCGAAGCCAGCAUCAUCUUGGGCUCUCGUCGUCGGUCGAAGAUGAACUGGAACGACAGCGACUUGGAAGAGUCCGAGGAAGAAGAGGAGGGGACGACCAACGAGGUGCUUUGCAAGCGAAGCGCAGAUCAGGCAAUGCUGGGGCAGCCGUGCUCUGUCUAUUUGCGGAGGCCACGCAUGAUUCCGGUCAACUAUGCAUAG